AACUAAACAAGUCAAUUUCUCUCUUUUUUUUUCUUUUUCAGAAUGGCGAAAAACAUGAUCCGCGCUAAAGUAGUCGCGAUGAGGACUGCUCUGCGUGCAAAAACAUGGAUUUGUGCAGCUGAUGGCACCUUGUCCAUGCACGGCCAGCACAAUAAUGUAACUGUUGCCCUCUGUGACGACGAGAAAGCCUAUAAAAUUGUUCUGUUUGAACACUUGGCAGCCCUCGUCACAGAGGGCAGCAGUUACAUUUUUUUAAACUUUGGUGUGGACGAGAGUGGCCAAGGGCUCCUCACCAAACCCGGCUCAAAAAUAUUCAUGGCGGCCGAGGUGCAAACCAGCCCGCAGCCGGAAGAAGAGGCCAGGGCCCUGGUCUACCCCAAGUCAGUGGCAUCAUCUCCUCAGGAGGUAGUGAAUAAACUACCUGAGGAGAUGGUGUCACUGGAGGGCGUAAUAACCGAUAUGCGUCCAAUCCGCAUGGUGCGCCAGAGAGGGAACAGCCUUGCGCCAUUUCGGACUUUGACACUAAAAAAAGAUGAAGCCGCUGUCAAAAUUGGCCUUUGGCGUGAGGCUAAUCUCAUUGAACUAAAAGUAGGGGGUUCCUUCAUUUUCACCCACCUGAGUGCCCGGGUGAACGAUUCGGGACUAAUGCUCCACUCUACAACUUGCACAGAAAUAAAGCCCUGCAACUCCAGCCUCACCCUAACAGUCUGUGGUAUCCUCUAUGGGGAAGAGGUGGUGGAGGUCGUGUCCAAUUCGGGCGAAGUUACAAGCAUCAAGCUUCAGAUCUGGCAGAAAACUUUCAGCCAGCCCCCAAAGAUACCACAAGAUGGGCUGGCCAUCACUGUCACGCGUGUGCAGGGUGACGUGAUAAAAAUUGAGUGCGUGAAUGAAUGCAUGGAUGAAUGCUUGAAGGAAUGUAUGAAUGAAUGCAUGAAUGCAUGAAGGAAUGAAUGUUGAUGCAUAAUUGAAUGCAUUGUUCAAAUUAAAAUUGAAAUUCAACAAAAUUCUCCAAAUUUUGGUUUUUCUACUCUCAUUUCUACAUUUUCCAACUCAUUCAACCCAUUCCAACUUUCAACUGUUCAUCAUUUUCCUACCUAUUCCACAACUUCCCACUUACCUGCAUUUUCACUUUUUCUAGUAUGAAAUUCACACCCAAUUUUCCUACAUUUCCUUUUUCACAUCUUUUAUUUUGAAAUUCACGCCCAAUUCCUUUUUCCCUUCUCAUUUCUACAUUUUUCAACCGAUUCAACCCAUUCCAACUUUCAACUGUUCAUCAUAUUUCUACCUAUUCCACAACUUACCAAAUAAUUCACGUUUUAUUUUGAAAUUCACACCCGAUUCUACAAUAUUUCCUUUUUCCCUUCUCAUUUCUACAUUUUUCAACCGAUUCAACUCGUUUCAACAUCAUUCUGCAACAUUCCUUAAAUAUUUAUUCAACUUCUUCACCUUCACACGCAAUUCCUUCAGGAAUUGAAAAUUCUAGUUAAGUUUAUUCGGGGUCACUUCCGGUCAAAAAAGUUCACUUUCGGUUCAUUUGGGGUCACUUUCGGUUCACCUGAGGUCACUUCUGAUCUAUUAGGGGUCACUUUCGGUUUGAUUUGGGUCACUUCCGGUUUAUUUAGGUCACUUUCGGUUUAAUUUGGGUCACUUUCGGUUCGUCUGAGGUCACUUCCGGUUUAUUUGGGGUCAUUUCCGGUCUAAAAAGGUCAUUUCUGGUACAUUGGGGUCACUUCCGGUUUGAUUUGGGGUCACUUCCGGUCUAUUUGCGGUCACUUUCGGUUUGAUUUAGGGCACUUCCGGUUCAUUCUGGGUUCAUUGGUGGCACUCCAGGGUCAUCCAAGAUGGCCGCCACACUGGAAUUGGGGGUCAAGGGUUGAAUUGUGUAAGCAUAGUGGAAGUGGGGGUGAAUGGGAGUGAAUGUGGGAAGCAUAAGGUGAAUUAAGUGAAUACAUUUGGAAUGGGUUGAAUCGGUUGAAAAAUGUAGAAAUUAGAGUAGAAAAACGAAAUUUUGGAGAAUUUGGUUGAAUUUCAAAUUUGAAAAUUUGGAAUUUUUGGUAAGUGGGAAUAUGUGGAACAGGUAGGCAAAAGAUGAACACUUGAAAGUUGGAAUGGGUUGAAUCGGUUGAAAAAUGUGGAAAUUAGAGUAGAAAAACGAAAUUUUAGAGAAUUUUGGUUGAAUUUCAAAAUAAAAGAUGUGAAGUUUGUGGUAAGUGGGAAGUUGUGGAAUAGGUAGGCAAAAAAUGUUUAAAAACAACUACAUGUUACAGCUGAGUAGUCUUAAUACUCUAUAAAUAAAAUUGUGAGGGACGCGUGACUGGGCUUUACUCCAGAAUGAUCUAAAAUGUUGAGGAGUUAUUAGUAGGUCAUCUCCAUUUUGGCAUUUGGCUACGCACCCUGAAGAUAAAUUGAGGUUAAUUUCAUUUCUUUCAUGUGAGUAUACUCUAAAUUUGCAUAGACCCUAAAAUCCAUCCAUCA